CUUUUGUUUGAUUUGAUUUUCAAUUGUAAUCAUGAUUUGCCCGAAACGUACCUCGGAGCUGUUGGAUAUUCAUUUGGCUCCGUUCAAGGAUAAGGAUCCAGCCUGGGAGAUUGGCAUCUCGAAAAUAGCCGGCCGCGGUGUGGUGGCCACACGUCACUUGAAACGUGGCGAAAUCAUCUUCCGUGACAGUCCUCUACUUAUCGGUCUGGCUGCCCACGAGGAGGAUUCGUUGAAUGCCUGCAGCGUUUGCAUGAUCCUGUUGCCCGAUACACGUUUCAUGUGCCGUCAGGGAUGCGGUUUGCCCGUUUGCAGUCUAUGCGCCAAGAAGAAGCAACAUAAGACCGACUGCGAUCUGUUCAGAUCGUGGGGACCCAAUGAGCCGGAGGUGGCCAAUUCGGUGAUCAUUCGUUUGCUCUGUGUGGCACGGGCCAUCAAUUUGAAUAAGGAUCAACGGGAUUUGAUCUAUUGCCUGCAGGCGAAUCUCGAUAAUAACCAUCGCACCGAAGUUCGGAAUGCAGCCAAAUGUUUUAAGAAAUUCCCAACCGAUAAGAAAGUCAUCGAAAUAAUGAAUCGCACGGUCGCUGUAAUCAGAACAAAUGGCUUUGAUAAGACCACCGAUCGUACCAAUGAUAAUCAGGAAUUUAAUUAUCGUGCUCUAUAUCCAUUAUUUGGGGUAAUGAAUCACGAUUGCAUUCCCAAUUCAUAUUAUACGUUCGAAGAGAAGACCAACAAUAUGAUUGUACGUGCCGCUGUCGAUAUACCCGAAGGAUUUGAGAUAACAACAACGUAUACGAAACUAUUUACCGGAAAUAUAGCCAGACAUUUGUUCUUAAAAAUGAAGAAGAAUUUCACUUGCAAGUGUCCACGUUGUUCCGAUCCAACGGAGAAAGGUGCCUAUAUUUCGGGUCUAUAUUGCCGUGACACAAGCUGCAAUGGACUUGUUGUUCCAGAGAUCACUGGUCUACCCCAUCCAAAUUGGAAUUGUUUGGAGUGCAAGCAAAAGUCGACUCAUGCCCAGAUGAUGAAAUCUCAAGAUUUUGCCAGCGGUGCCAUCAAUGCCAAAAACAAUUCGAAUUCGUUGCGCACAUUGAUACAAUAUUUGAAUGAGAAGAGUGAUCAGUUUAUACCCGAUAGUAAUCAUGUGAUUAUUGAUGCCAAAUUGUCGGUACUCCAGCGUUUGAAUCAGUCACGUGAGGAUUGCAGCGAAGAAUUGGCAGCCAAUACACGAUUACGUUAUAGCAGGGAUAUAAUGCAAGUUAUGGAUAAACUGGGCAUGGGUGAUUCAUUGGUCCGCACCCAAUUGCAGGAGCAGGUACGCAAAGAGGAGGAACGUCGAGCCAUUAAGCAGGCCGCCGAAGCGGAGAAACAACGCAAAUUGGCCGAAUUGCAAGAGAAGGCCGCCGAGGCCGACAAAUUGUUGGCCGCCCUGGCAGCAAAUGGUGAUGAGACGGCAGCGGCCAUCAUUGCGGCCGAAACGGCGCCAUCUUGUGCCCCAACUGGAGCUACGGCUCCAACUCCGGCUCCAGCUGCUGAGCUGGCCUAACUCCAUCGGUUAAUCUAUGUUGGUGGCCAGAAGUCUCAUCCCCAUCCCCAUCCCAAGACCCAAUCCCCAUCUUAUUUCUUCACCCAUGAAAUUCUUGUUUCUUUGGCUCUCUGUGUACUAAACAUAAUUGUAUCUGUAUUUAUUUAUUUAUAAUAAAUUAAAAACAAACAAACAAAAAAAGAAAA